CUGGCAACACUUGAAAUGUUUGCUGUCAAAGUAGCAAUAAUACUCUUUACUCAUUGCGUAUGAAGAAAACCAAUAAAACUUGAAGGUAUUUCACAGAUUCAGUGUCAUUUCAUGCAGAGUGUACUAAUUUAAUAUAUUUUUAUUAUGCACUUAUUAAUUCAUGAAAUAUUAAAUGAUUAGUGAGUUCUUAUAAGCAAUGUAUUCGUUCGAGGGAGACUUCAGGCGCAAGCCACAGCAGAACUUGGCUGGUGCAAGUGCACAGCGCAAGACAGACAGAGACACCUUGAUACUCCAGUCACAACAACAAAGGCAGAAAAGAGAGGAACAUAGAAAGCGUUUGAAUAGUACAAUAAAAAUCCAGGCUUACGUAAGGAGUUAUUUAACUAGAAAACAUUAUAAGCAAUAUGAAAGGGACCAAUUUGACAGCAUAUUUCCGAGGAUAAAUCCUGAUGACCAGCAGAUGAUGUGUGCGCUAGUUGCUAAAAUAUUAUUCUUCUAUGAUGAACAACAGGAUUAUUCUAGACUGGUUGCUGUGUCACAAUUACUUCUAAAGCAAUGGAAAAAGGUAUACCAAAUUUGUGGUGCCUGUGUACAGAUAAGAAGACUACUAGUGUUGCACCUGCAUUUGUUGAAAGAAAAUAGUGAGGUACCCCUAGCUGUACCACUUAGAAUGUUUGAAGUGUUCACAUCUACGAAUUCAGCUGAAACAUCCAUCAAUUGUGAUGAAGCACUCAGUAUUGUUGGGAAUACGUUUUUAUAUCUUGUUAAAAGAGGUUAUUUUCAAGAUUUGUGUAAGCUAUUGUGUCAGAAGACUCCGCCACUGUACGGACCUUCGCCGAAUCCACCAACACCACUCAGUGGAGCCCUACUAGAUCUCAUACAACGACCUUUGACACUAAUAUCACGUGUUAAUAUUCCACAUUAUGAUGACAGCAUCAUGACAGAGUUCGCGUCCGCUUUCCUCUGCAAUCCAUACCCUGAGCCGGUAGAGAUGUACGUUUUACCGGUGCUUGCGCAAGAUCAAAACAAAAAGUUCCCAUUCCUAUCACUAAUACGGGCCCUUCAAGAAGAUUCUAAAUUCUCCAGUCAAGUACUACACAACAAUUCGUGGCUUUUACAUUCUGUGUUGACAUUAGAACCACCUGAUUUUGUGAAUGUUGUGCGUAAUCUGGACAACACAAGACUGCCGAACAAUCCUAUUGUUUUAGAUUAUUUUAAAAUUAUUGCUAAGUUAACUGUUAAUGUUUGUAAUAAGCAAAUCUCUUACGAGUUUGAAGACUCGUUGUACAGUCAGGAGACUGUGGCUGAAAAGGAUGAUGACAGUGAUAGUGAGCAGGAACCGAACCCCACCUCAGUCAGGGAACAAAUGUUGCUGACGCGGUGCAUUGAGCUGCUGAACGAGCCCGAGCGGUGCAUCAUGACCACAUGCUCACAAAUUACGGAGGCUGAUCUCAGUGAGGACUUCUUGGACAGUUUGUCUGAGAUUUGUCACAAUUUGUUGUUAAGCCACAAAAUGGCGCUGCAUAAGUACAGGCUACUGUACACAUUAGCGUUCAAGCCGAUGUUUCUGCGGGGUCUAUGGGUGUGGGUGUCGGGUAUGUCGCAGACGUCGCAGUACGGCGCGCCGGCGACGCCGUUGCUGGGCGCCCUCUGCCGCGGCCUCGCGCACGACGCGCGCGCCCUCUCCCUCCACCGUCUACUGCCACCACUCGCCGUCUUCUGCGCACUCUUCUCCCUGCUCAUCGGCACCCUGCACGACACCGAGUUCUGCAGGGAUCCCGACGAGGACAAGAAGAUCUCUAUGGGCGUGGCGGUACCGAGUACGGAUGUAGGGCGGGGCGGGCGCGUGCACGCGUUCGAGUUCCAUGAGCUGGGCGCGCUCUGCCGCACCUUGCGCGCCGUCUGCCUGGGGCUGGUCGAGCUCGCAUACCCUGAGUCCCGUCCCACCGUUGCAGGACCUUACAGGGACGCCGUCAACAACGACCACAUACACAUCUCCGGGAAGAAUCAAACUCCCGCCUGGUCACAUCUCUUCAAGGUGUGCACGGCCCUGCUGCGUGCACUGUACGCGCGGGACGGUCGGCUGGGGUUCCUGGGGGGCGCGGCGUGGCCCGCGGCCGGCGCCGUGCCCGACGGCGGCGCCGCCGUACUGCUGGCCGCCGGCGCCCACCACAUGCGCCGCCCCCGCAGUCUCGCCGCACCACGCGCCCUUACUACCGACGAGGGUCCACCUCUAACUAUCAAGGAGUUGCGGACCGUCACUAUACUGAAGGAGAUACCCUUCGUCGUACCAUUCUCUACGCGCGUCCUCAUCUUCCAAGGUCUUUUGGCGAGAGAGAAGCACGACCAUUGGUACGAAAUGACGAACUUCAACGAGGGUCCUUCAAUAAACAUCAGUGUGCGACGGACGCAUUUAUACGAAGAUGCAUUUGACAAACUUAGUCCAGAUAAUGAACCUGAUUUAAAGCUGAAACUUCGCGUGCAGCUGAUCAACCAGGCUGGUGCUGAAGAAGCCGGUGUCGACGGUGGCGGACUCUUCCGAGAGUUUCUUUCCGAGCUUUUAAAAUCUGCCUUUGAUCCGAAUAGAGGUCUUUUCCGUCUGACGAUAGACAACAUGUUGUACCCGAACCCAGCUGUACACCUGCUGUACGACGAUUUCCCCAUGCACUACUACUUUGUUGGCAGAAUGUUAGGAAAGGCGAUGUACGAGAACCUGCUGGUGGAGCUGCCGCUGGCGGAGUUCUUCCUGGGCAAGCUGUGCGGCGCGGGCGAGGCCGACGUGCACGCGCUGGCCUCGCUCGACCCCGCGCUGCAUCGCGGCCUGCUGCUGCUGCGCGCGCAUGCCCGUCGCGACGUGCCCGACCUCGGACUCGACUUCACGCUGCUCACCGACGAGCUGGGCGAGCAGAGGAUAGAGGAAUUAAAACCGGGUGGCGCAAAUAUUCCCGUUACAGCUGAAAAUAGGAUAGAAUACAUUCAUCUAGUCGCCGAUUAUAAAUUGAACAAACAGAUAAGGUCGCAGUGCACGGCGUUCAAGCGCGGGCUGGUGUCGGUGGUGAGCGCCGAGUGGCUGCGCAUGUUCUCCUGCAGGGAGCUACAGCUGCUCAUCUCGGGCGCUGAGGUACCCAUCGACAUCGACGACCUGCGCAGGCAUACUCACUACGCAGGCGGGUUUUCAGCGCAGCACCCGACGGUGCAAUGUUUCUGGCGCGUGUUGGCCACGUUCUCGGACGACCAGCGCCGCCAACUGCUCAAGUUCGUCACAAGCUGCUCCCGACCACCGCUACUCGGGUUCAAGGACUUGCAGCCACCAUUCUGCAUCCAGUCGGCGGGCGCGUCCGACCGGCUGCCGUCGUCGUCGACCUGCAUGAACCUUCUGAAGCUGCCCGAGUUCCACACGGACGAACAGCUCACCGAAAAACUACUCUAUGCCAUACAGGCCGGCGCCGGAUUCGAACUUAGCUAGAGUACAAUUAAAGAGACCAUGUAUUAAGUAGUUGUCUACUGAAUAAUUGGAGGUAUGUCGCCACUUUUUCCGUUGUAGUGAUUCACUCACCACGCAGGUCGCAUUCCCUCACUACUGGAGGUCUGUAGUUGUGUAAAUAUGUUACCGUUUAUUACUUUUCCCAGUUUAAUGAGUUUAUGAAACAUAUCUUACCUAUGUACUGCAAAUGUACUCAACUUGUCACAUUAAAUUAUUUAUUUAUAAAAAUUACUCAUUACCUGUGCAAUCUUAUAAUGUAUUGGAGACGGGCGUGUUGUGGUUCAAUAAAUAAAAUGUUAGUGGAAUGUUGUUACAUGUAAAUAAAAAAUAAUAUUGUGUCGAAUUUAUACACUAAAACUGUUUUAGAUUAGGACGUGGGAUUGUGUAAAAGAAUAUUUUAUUUUAUUGAUAUUUGUAAAUGUCCGAAUGUAUGUACAUGUGAUGGGCGCAGGUCUCGUCUGUCGGUCACUGCGUGGUUGACCGGUGUUGUACAAAACUAUUCAGUCGUGUCAAAUUUGGGACUUUAUAUUUUAGUACCUAUUGAAUAAAGUUAUCUGAGUCUUGA